ACCAGCACUUUAUACCGAUCGAUUUUACAUCUCCUCUUUAAUCCACUCAUGGAUAUUCCCAUCCAGUAUCCCUGGUACCGUCGGGCCUUCCAACAUCGACUCUCUGACAUCUCCUUGGAAGAACCUCUCACUGAUUGGCCACUGAUCUGGCCCUUCCCCAUGUCCUUCCCCUGGAUGCGUCCUUCUUUCAUGCGCUGGUUGAACUGGGCCGACAAUGGACAGAAUGAGAUGCGCAUUGAAAAGGAUCGCUACGUCAUUUUUCUGGACGCGAAGGACUUCUCACCUGAAGAGCUGUCCGUCAAAGUCAGCGACGACUUCAUCACAAUACACGGCAAACACGAGGGCAGAGAGGCCAGAGAGGUCAGAGAGGUCGGAGAGGACCACCACGGCUUCGUGUCCAGAGAGUUUCUGAGGAAGUACAGACUUCCUGCUGGCGUGUCAGGCGCUGACGUCACAUCCAGUCUGUCAUUCGAUGGCAUCCUUACGAUCGCGGCCCCUCGCUCCCCUCCCGGCUCUGGGCGCUCCAUUCCCAUUUCCUGUGAGGACGGAACACCGAAACAGAAAAUGUAGAGCAGAGUCUGACGCUCUUCACGCUGCUUCACUACUCACCCCGAGUUCUGCCUGUUUUUAUAUUUAACCUGUUAGAGUUCAGCGGACAGUUUAAAGUAGGCAGGCCUAGUAGUCUAUGAGUGCAAGUGCCUUCUAAUAAAAUGGUAUCUAAUUAACCGUA